CAGCUGAUAAAGUGAUAACAAUGGCUUCCGGUCCCCGUCGCCGUGACCAAAUCACCAAAUUAUCCCCAAGCACAGCACCGAGAGCGCAGGUUUUGCCUGCGCGGCGGAAGGUAUUGGGAGUACCAUGGACGCCGACCACCGUAGCUUAACGAGGCCAAUCUUGGCGGGCGAUGAGGGGGAAGGGGCGGAGCGAGCGGUGAGCAUGCGCCGGUGUGGCCUACUGGCCUGUGGGCUGUGAAAAAAGAGAGGGGGAAUACCUACCUGCAAGACUGUAAGAAUAGUAACUCUGCUAAAACUAUUUGGUAAUUCGUGUGUUGUGACAGGCAUCUGGUUCAAAUCGGAGUUCGGAGGCUCGGGAGCUGAAGGUGCACGAGGCCAACCACUGCUCUGAUAAGGCACUAAAAAUCAUCUUGUUAAUUCCAAUUCUAGGCCUGUUUAUGAUGAAGAAUUACACAUGGAGAUCGAACUGAAUUAGCUAACGAUCACACCAGCCAACUCAUGUUGCUGUGCCAGGCCUGCAAUUUCUGGAGGUCAGUGCUUUCUACGGAAUCUACCUGAGCUUGAUAGUGUAUCUUCAGGACGUUCUCCAUGGAGACAGUGCUUCGAACGUGGCCACCGUCAGUUCCUGGGCAGGAGCCGGCUACCUCAUGCCCGUGCUCGGCGCCGCCGUCGCCGACUCCUUUUGGGGGAAAUACAAGACAGUGUUGGCCGGCCUCACCAUUUCCGUCGUCGGGAUGGCCAUGGUCACCACAUCGGCCACGCUGCCGUCUCUGAGGCCUCCGCCGUGCGCGCAGCAGAGCGCGUACUGCGCACCGGCGACUCUCAGGCAAGAGCUGCUCUUCUUCUCGGGCAUAUACCUGUGCGCGGUCGGGAUCGGCGCGGCGAAGGCCGUCUUCAUCUCGUUCGCGGCGGAGCAGUUCGACGACGGCGAUGGCAGGAAGUCGUCCUACUUCAGCUGGUACUACACGGCGGCCAACAUGGGCAUGCUCACCGCGGCGACGCUGCUGGUCUGGGUCCAGGACAAGGUCAGCUGGGGCUUUGGCUAUGGUAUCUGCGCGUCCUUCGUCGUGGUCUCCGUUGUCGGCCUCGCCGCCACGGUGCCUAUGUACCGCAUCCUGCCUCCGGCGGGGAGCCCAUUGAAAGGCGUGCUUCAAGUGCUGGUUGCCUCCUCUCGCAAGGUGAAACUGACGGUGCCUCGUGAUGCUGCGGAAUUGUACGAGGGGGAGGACGUCAAGAACCCGUUGCUGCAUUCUCCAUUGCACGAACGGUUACAGCACACCGAUCAGUUCAGGUCCCUGGACAAGGCUGCCAUGGUCACCGACGAGGACCUGGAAGGCGGCGACCAUCGGCCAUGGAGGCUGUGCACAGUGACCCAGGUAGAAGAGCUCAAGACUCUGCUGCGGCUGAUCCCCAUCUGGCUCACGUCCGCCGUCUACUUCCUCGCCAACACGCAGGCGCAGACCACGUUCGUGCAGCAGGGCACCAAGACGGACUCCAGGAUAACAAUCGGCGCCGUCUCCAUCUCCAUCCCGGCAGCGUCUCUAACCUCCAUCCAGACGGUGUGCGUCGCCGCCUGCGUGACGCUCUACAACAGGGCCGUCGCGCAAUCCUCGCCCUUCACGCCGCUGCGGCUCAUGGGGCUCGGCCACGCCACGGCGGCCGCCUCGGUGGCCGUGGCCGCGUGCACCGAGGCGCGCAGGCUGCGGAUCGCCACGGAAGGGGAUUCUGCCGCGGCAGCAGCCAUGGGCAUCGCGUGGCUGCUGCCGCAGUACGUGGUGAUGGCGGUCUCGGACGCGUCGCUCUCCGUGGGGCAGCUGCAGUUCUUCUACGACCAGGCGCCGGAGACGAUGAGGGGCGCGUCCACGGCGUUCUACUUCCUGUCCGUCUCGCUCGGGAACCUGAUCAACUCGCAGCUCGUGACGAUUGUCGCGUCCGUCACCGCGGCAGGGGGCAGGACGGGCUGGUUUCCACCGGAAUUGGACGACGGGCACUUGGAUUACUACUUCCUGCUCGUUGUGGCCGUCGCGACGGUGAACUUUGGCGUUUUUGUUGCCCUCGCCAAGAACUACACGCCCAAGAGGGUUAGACAGUCGCGAUUGGAUUCCCUCUCCUCUUCGUAAGACGAAAAAGAUCGAGCGAGGAUCAAACUGGUGCUCAUACUAAUCCGAAAUUCCGAAUGCGGGUAAUUGUUGGAUUGGAUUUUGCAUUGCAAUCCGUCACGUUCAGGACGGAGGAACCGAUGAAGCAUCUUGUUUUUUUUUUUCACUACAAAAAAGUCGUUACAGAAAAUUGUACAGUUAUAUAAGUUCGCUGGCCCAUCAAGAAACAUAGAAUAGUAUUGGGCUAUACUAGUUUGGGCCCAUAUUUAGGAACCCAACUUCCCAUCCAUGUACAGCGCGUGCUAAAAAAAAAAUCCAUGUACAGCGCGAGCCGUAAUAUGUCACGUAACAGUGUCCCACUAAAAAGAAAGUAACAGUGCGACAACUUUUUUUUA